AUGUGUUCUCUGAUCGCUGUAAGACAAGGUGUUCUGACGAGAGCACAAAACCGCCUCACACGGAUCCUAGAGACACACACUGGUCUACUCAGCCUCAACAAGGAAACUUGCGACAUCAUCGAAAUGCAAAAGCUGUUCAAGAAGACGAAAGCAUCGUACCUACUGGAGAUGCAGAAGGUCAAAGAAGCGAUGGACCGGUACGCGCAAGCAAUCGACAGCGCGGACGAGUUUCAUUCAAAAACGGACCUUCUCAAUUGA